AUGUCCAUCAUCAAGAACGUCGCCGUCUUAGGUGCCUCAGGCAACUUCGGCACACCCAUAACAUCCGACUUGCUUGCCGCGAACUUCAACGUCACAAUAAUAACUCGCACAACGUCCACAACAGCUCAUCCACCCUCAAUUCCCACUCUCCGCAUCGAUUACGACCUUUCCUCUCUGAUUAUCGCCUUCGCCAAUCAAGAUGCCGUCGUCUGCGUCGUCGGGCCGGGUGGGAUAUCCCUGCAAAAGACGUUCGUUGAUGCAGCUGUGGCGGCUGGUGUAAAACGAUUCCUCAUUGACGAUUUCGGGUGGGGAUUGACGGAGAAAGGAUUCCAGGAGUUUGGUGCAAUCCAUGCGCAGAGGAGGGAAGGGUGGGAUUAUGCAGCACAGAAAGCAAGGGAAGUAGGGGAAUUUACAUGGACUGGCUUGAGUACCGGAAAUCCCAUCGAUUGGGCAAUGAAAAAGUUUCCCAUGAUGGGUUUCGAUGUGAAAACUCAUCGAGCCAUCAUCUACGAUUCAGGCAACGAGCGCUUCACUGGCACAACUCUUUCCGGCAUCGGUCAAGCCGUCGUGGGCACACUACUCAAUCCCUCAGCAACUGCAAACCGUUUCCUCGCAGUCCAAAGCAUAUGCACAAACCAGAACGAAUUACUAUUUGCAUUCGAAAAGGCUACCGGAGAGAAGUGGGAGGUAGAGAGACACACGUCUGGAGAAUUGAUUAAGAGUGGGAAAGAGGACUUCAAGACUGGAGCUGGGAUGUGGAGGUUGAAGUUGGCGGUGGCAACACUGUAUUAUGUUGGACAAAGCAGAGGCAUGGUUGCUGCGACGAGAGAAGAGUCGGAUGCGGAGUUGCUGGGUGUGAGGGAGGAAAGUGCUGAUGAGAUCGUUGCCAAACUGCUCCAGCAAUAA